AUGGAUGCCAUUCAGAUGCCUCCACCACCUCGUCCGGGGAUACUAUAUGCUCCUCGUCCCAUAACCUUGCCCCAUAGCAUAGGAUUUGGCAUGAGUGGCAGUCCAAACCUCCCAUUUUUGCCUAACGGCCCCAAGCGAACGUAUCACGAAAUGUCCGAAGAAUCCGAUGGCACUACCCGUGCCGUCUGGGAUCAACACUUUCAUCCCCCUCGAGAUCGUCCUCAGAAUCAAUCCAUCAGCUUGCCACGCUUUCACGGAGAUGGAUUCGAUUACCGGCGUCCGGUCAGAUCCUCAAACGACCCAGAGAUAGUUGACUUGACACGUGAAUCUGAAAUUCCUCCGCAAAGUCGAUCAGUGGACCUCACUUUACCCUCGCCAACCCAAUCCCGGACGAGCUUGCGGUUUCCUCAGGAUAUACUUCAUAUUCCUCAGACGAAUGCGCAUGAUGUGAUCGAUGUGGACGCCGAGCCUACCAACGACGCCGCAGAUGCCUCGUCAAGUAGCCCUGAUGUCCAGUUUGUUGGGGCUACCACCAGACCCAGGCCGCUAGAACCCAGACCUUACAACGACAUCUGGUCUCACAUGAGUCGGGUCUCGGGGAGAUCCGAGGCAGCUGAAAGGCGACCAACAAGAAACUGGUACAACAGAAGUCGGUGGGCUGAAGGGGAAGAGUUCCGGCCCAUGUCUAUCGGGGACUUCCUACCGGUGGGGCUUGACUAUGGGCUCACUGGCUUUCCAAUAAAUCCUUCACUCGACACUCAGCACCCUCAGGAUGAGUCCACACGAUCAUCGUCCCGAGAAGAGUCAUACAAAUCACCAGAUCCGGCCCCGAAGGGCUUCACUCGAACGAUAUCGGAUUAUGAUGUGGCCAUUUGCCCUAACUGCCAUGAGGAGUUGGGUGUUGGAGAAGGAUCCAAAGGGCAAAUAUACGUUUCCAGAAAAUGCGGACAUGUUUACUGUGGCGAAUGCGCUGAGAAUCGGUCGAAAUCAAGGGCCAAAAAGUCAAACUCACAGACCAAGCCAUUCUCCAAGUGCCAGAUUGCAGGCUGCGAGGUAUCUUUGAGCAGUCCAACUGCUUUAUUCCAUCUUUUCCUCUGA